AUGGUUGCGAAUGCUGCUGGUAUCCUCGUUCUGUACCCUGAGACCAUCAACCUGGGAACGCUCAAACUUAUCGGCCACUUUCUUCAGCUCCUCAAUGCAUUCUUUGCAUUGAAAUAUACGACCUUCAAUACAAGCCAAGAUAAUGAUAUCGUCGGAACGAAACUUUCGGACGUCAAGCUGUCUCCUCAGAUUUUCGAGCAGAUGGUGAAGGUGCGACAGGUUAUUGUGGAUGCGAGCGAUGUCAGAGCUCUGGUCCUUCAGAGUGCUGCAGUACACAUAAAGACCUUUCACGAUCUCAAGUCCGAGCGAAACGAUGCCCGCAACCCCUGA